CACACCUCUGAUUUUUGGAGCCAGAAGUAGACCAUGGAAUUUUCUUGGCAGCUGAAUUAAUCAGUGACAGGCUGUGCCUGCAAGCAUACUUGCAAGAUUAUUUCUUUCAUCGCUCUGUGAGCCUCACAUCAUGUAUACAUUAUGCAUUACCAUCGUAAUGUGCUGUGCGUUUUUUCCACGGGGCUCUGCAGCGCCAAAGACCUGGGGUCCAGAUCCCAGGUCACAACCUGAAAGCAAGGCAGAGCUAAAUGACAGGCUGCAGGAGGAGGUAGAUGACCAGGAAAGCAUCCUCUCCAAGCUGCUGGGUGAUUAUGACAAAGUGAAAGCCCUCUCGGAAGGCUCUGACUGUCGGUGUAAAUGUGUUGUCAGACCCCUGAGCAGAAGCGCCUGUCGACGGAUAGAAGAAGGCAGCGCCACCGCACAAGACUUCUACACUGUGGAGACUAUCACAUCUGGACCGGAGUGCAAGUGCGCCUGCAUCGCUCCUCCGUCAGCGGUCAACCCAUGCGAGGGAGAGUUCAGGCUGAAAAAACUUAGGGAAGCUGGAAAAGAGAAUGUCAAGCUGUCUACCAUCCUGGAGCUGCUGGAGGGUUCCUUCUAUGGCAUGGAUCUACUGAAGCUGCACUCCGUUACCAGUAAACUUGUGGAUCGCGUGGACCACAUUGAGAAGGUCGUGUCUCUGAACCACACUGUGGAUGAGGUGAAGCCCCAGAAGAGCCCUCCCAUCCAGGCAGAUGUGACUGAAAGCCCGCCCACCUCUCCUCCCCACCAGCAUCAAGACAAGAUGAGACUCAGUGAGGUCAGCAUGGCAGCAGCCUAUCAAAACCUGGAGGAAAAGUAUGAUGAGGACUUUAUUCGAGAAAAUCCGUCCUUCCUACACAAAGACAGUUCUGCUCAGAUCAUUGAGGUGAAAACUCCAGCGACUCCCAAAAGCAAGGCUACCAAGGAGGCAUCUCAGGUGUCGAAGACCGGCUCUAAUGGAAUGAUCAUUAGAGGAAUGACUUUUUACAAAUCUGAGCCAGAUCCAAUGGUGGCUGAUGAUGGGGAGCCUGGAGAGAACUUUUUUGAGUAUCAUGGAUUCAGUGGAGAUGGCCCAAUCAACCUCUUCAUUGAGGAGAAUCUUCUCCAACACAAAGCCCCUCGCCCCUGGACAAGGGCAGGACCGAGAUCAAUUCGACCUUUGCUCAAUUCAAAGAGGACCAGCCAAUCGACAAAACCGAAAGAAACUGAACCGAGAACAAAAACUCAGAAUGAGUUCAUCACUGCCAUGGAAACUACUUCAGUGGAUGUUUCUACAGAUGUACAGAGUGACACAUUCACAACAAGAAGCAUCACAUUUGGACCAACUACAACCACACAGAAAACCAGGACCAUGGACACUGUGGCUGAAGCUACUCAAUCAAUCAUUUCUGGAAACACAAAGUGGCCAAUCCCCUUGAUGACUAAACCAGCCAGCGUCUCUCCAAAUUUAACCACAGAGGAAACAACCAACACUUCAAUGAACACAAGCCAACCUCCUGAAAAGACAGUCACAAAGGAAAUGCUAACAGCAUUCACAACAAGGAAUACACCAACCACCAUGAUGGAAACCUCUAGCCUGAAGCUGACAGAGCAAACACCAACCAUACCUGGCAGCACUGCAGGUAAUCUGAGUACAUUUGCACCAAACCCAAGCACAGAGGUUUCAACUGCCACCACUACUGACCCUAUGACCAUCACAACCCAUGCUGCCCCCACCUCAGCACCAGUAGAUCCAACAACAGCUUCCACAAUAGCUACCUCCACACUGGCUGCCACCACAACACCAGAAGAGGAAACUGAACCCACCUUGUCAGGCUCGACUGUGCCUCCUACCACACAGAGAGAAACCACGUUGCCUCCUCACACUUCUUUGCCUUUCACCACACCUCUGACUAUCUCUUCUCCGGCCACCACAACCACUACCACUACGACUACAACCACUACGAGUCAGGCUACUCCAGUCAAACAGAAAUACAAAAUCAGCUGGGAUGAGAAAGCGGAGGAAGAAGAACAUCCUGAAUUGGAUGAGCCAAUGCAAAGGCAGGAGGAAUCUCAUCCAAGAAAAUCAGGAGAAUGUAAGGACACUUUGGCAAUGAUCUCGGAGCCGGUAACUCACAACACCUAUGGCAGAAAUGAAGGAGCAUGGAUGAAGGAUCCAAAGUCGGAUAAUGACAAGAUUUAUGUCACAAAUUUCCAUUAUGGAAACAACCUCCUGGAGUUUCGCAACUUGGAGGUUUUCAAACAAGGCCGUUUUACCAACUCCUACAAGCUUCCUUACAACUGGAUUGGCACAGGCCACGUGGUCUAUAAUGGGGCCUUCUACUACAACCGUGCCUUCUCCCGUGACAUCAUCAAAUAUGACCUGCGCCUGCGUUACGUGGCCGCCUGGACCAUGCUGCAUGAUGCCCUGUUUGAAGAGUCAUCGUCACCGUGGGAGUGGCGCAGCCACUCAGACAUCGACUUUGCAUUGGAUGAGAGCGGCCUGUGGAUCAUCUACCCGGCACUUGACGAUGAAGGUUUCUUACAGGAGGUGAUUGUCCUGAGUCGUCUGAAUCCCUUAGACCUCAGCAUGCAGAGGGAGACCACCUGGAGAACCGGGCUCAGGAGAAACCACUACGGGAACUGCUUCAUUGUGUGUGGCGUUCUGUACGCUGUUGACAGCUACAACAAAAAGGACGCCAACCUGGAAUAUGCCUUCGACACACACACAAACACUCAAAUGAUUCCCAGAAUGCCGUUCACCAACAAUUACACCUACACUACGCAGCUUGACUACAAUCCAAAAGAGGGUGUAUUGUAUGCGUGGGACAAUGGACACCAAGUCACAUAUAACAUUAAGUUUGCCUAUGUAGACCCUUAGUAAGGGUGUGACAGUAGUUAUUUUAAAAGUUAAUGCUAUGGUUUGAAAGGAUUGUAGAUCAGUCCACAUGGCCUUCAGUACAUUUGGAUUUAAUUGUUUGGUUCAUGUCAAGAUUUAUUUUUAUUUUUAUCUGAAAUAAAUGAAAAAGUGAGCCUUAUUCUUCAGUCAACACAUCAAGUUGUACUGUAUAUGUUGUAAUGCUGUAUAAAAGCCCUAUGAGAUGAAUGUAGAAAGAUGUCUUGACUUAGGUCAAAUGAAGCUAUUACAAUUCACCUAAAAGCAACAUUUCAUACCCUUUCAACAAAUCCCUAAAUUUUGUAAACAAAUUCCAUCCUGUUUUAUACAUGUUAUUGUAUGUUACAUAUGUCUUUGCAUCAUAUACCACAGGUCCUCUGUCACAGAUAUUACUGUUGACCUCUGUCUUGUGAAAGCACUUACUCCCUCCAUAUCAGACUGUUUUGAAGAGACUGCA